AUGGAGAAGAUUGGAAGAGAAGAUCUUGAUUACAUGAAUAUGGAGUCCUUCUCUCAACCCCUUAAAAAAAAGUCCAUUAGACUUUUUGGUAAAGAAUUUGUUGUUGGUGAUAGUACUAACAGUCCCAACAUGUCUGAAUCAACCGACAGUAAUCCUAAACCAAAUAUGAUGAAUAUUCGUACUGUUAAAGAAAGUCAUAUUGAAAUCAUGAGGAAAUAUGAAUGUCACUAUUGUUUUAGGAACUUUCCAACUUCUCAAGCUUUAGGAGGCCAUCAAAAUGCACACAAGAAAGAAAGACUAAAUGCCAAACGAUCUCAUCUUCAGUCUUCACUAGUGCAUGAGACGAACCGUCAUCGAUUUGGUGAACCACCCGGUGCAGCUACAAGAUUAACUCAUCAUCAUUCAACAUGGACCAACAUAAACAAUAAUACUCCUACAUUUUAUGGAAAUGGCUAUAAUGUUUAUAGUCCUAAUUACAAUGAAGCAUUUUGGCAAAUUCCUCCAACAAUUCAUCAUUAUCAGAGUAAUAAUCCUUCAUCUUCUUCUUCUCAUAACUCAUUUUUUCCUAAUGAUGAAAAGAAGAGGGAAAUUCAAGAUCAUGUGAGUUUAGAUUUGCACUUAUAA